AUGCCUGGCCGCUAUCUUAGCAUUCUUAUGGUAGCAGUUUUGAGUCUUUUCUUCUUUCUUUUUCCUUUCUUUCUUUCUCUGCCCACCCAUUUCUCUCUUUUUCUUUUUUACUUCAUUCUUUCUUUCUUCCUUUCUCUUUCAUUCUUUGUCUCCUUCUUUAGACAAGGUCUUGCUCUGUUGCCCAGGCUGGAGUGUACUGGUGCCAUUUCAGUUCACUACAGUCUUGAUCUCCUGGGUUUGUGCAAUCCUCCCACCUCAGCCUCCCAAGUAGCUGGGAUGACCCCCCAAUAA